GCGCCGGCUUUUUCUGCCUCCUCUUCUUCUUCUUCUUCCUCCCUCCUCCUGAUCCCUCUCCCUCCUCGAUUCGGGACGGCCACCUCUCCCGCCGGCGACCUCUCGCUCCCCGUCGCCGCCUCCUCCUCGUUCUUGCGUGCAUUCGCCGUGACUUCCUCAAAAAAGAUUGGAUUUUGGCCUCUCUUUCUCGCCGAAAGAUUGGGAGAAGAAGAAAAACCGAGACGGAGGCAUCGAGGCGAGGUGGUGGCGGCGGCCGGCGGCCUCCCUUCCGCGCGCUAUAACAAGCCGACGCCGACGUAGACGUCGCCGCCGCCGUCGCUUCCCCCUCCGUUUUCCCUUGGAAGCUUCGCUCUCGGCCGGCUCCUCCGGCGGUCGGGUCCAGGAGGACAGGCCUUGGAUUUCGCAUGCUCAGACUCGGUGUCUGAAGAAUGGCUCUAAAAUCGCCAGUGCACUAUGCUGGCUCAAUCACUUCAGGUCAGAAGCACCUGGGUUGUUUUGGUGUGCCCGGCUGCGAUCGAUCACGAUGUGUCAGAUGUGAUAAGAAAUCAAGAACAUGUCAGCUGGUCACCAGAGCUAUAUCCGUGGAUCGCUCGCAACUAGACUUCUCAAAUCCAGAUUGGAAGAAGCAAUUCCAAGAGGACUUCAAUAGGAGGUUCAGUUUGCCUCACUUGAAAGAUGUCAUUGAUGUCGAACCGAGGCCAACAACGUUUUCCCUCAAGAGCAGGGCUCCUCUGGAGAAUGUUAAUGGUUCUAUCCAAGAAUCAUGGAACGGGUAUGUAAAUGAUGAUGACAGAGCACUUUUGAAGGUUAUUAAGUUUGCCUCACCAACAUCUGCUGGAGCGUAUUGCAUUGACCCUGAUUGCAGCUGGGUGGAGCAAUGGGUGCACCGUGCUGGCCCACGCAAACAAAUAUAUUUUGAACCUCCGUACGUGAAGGCUGGAAUCGUUACAUGUGGUGGACUUUGCCCUGGUCUCAAUGAUGUCAUCCGUCAGAUUGUGCUUACACUGGAAAAAUAUGGAGUGAAAAAUAUUGUUGGAAUACAGCAUGGUUUCCGUGGAUUUUUUGAGGACCAUUUAGCAGAAGUGCCGCUUAAUAGGCAUGUCGUUCAAAAUAUCAAUCUUGCCGGUGGAAGUUUCUUAGGAGUUUCUCGUGGUGGAGCAAAUAUCUCAGACAUUGUUGACAGUAUCCAGGCCCGAAGGCUUGACAUGCUCUUUGUUCUAGGUGGCAAUGGGACUCAUGCUGGAGCUAACCUUAUACAUGAGGAGUGCCGCAAGAGAAAACUGAAAGUUUCAAUUGUGGGUGUUCCAAAAACCAUUGAUAAUGACAUACUACUGAUGGACAAGACAUUUGGAUUUGAUACAGCAGUGGAAGCAGCACAAAGAGCUAUCAACUCUGCAUAUAUUGAGGCACAUUCUGCAUUUCAUGGCAUUGGAUUGGUCAAGCUGAUGGGAAGAAGCAGUGGCUUUAUCACAAUGCAUGCUUCCCUGUCUAGUGGUCAAGUAGAUAUCUGCCUGAUACCUGAGGUACCAUUCACUCUUGAUGGACCACAUGGAGUUCUUCAACACCUCGAGCACUUGAUAGAGACCCAGGGAUUUGCUCUGAUUUGUGUAGCAGAAGGAGCUGGGCAGGAACAUUUGCAACAGUCCAAUGCGACCGAUGCAUCAGGGAACAUGAUCCUCAGUGAUAUCGGUGUGCACCUUCAACAGAAGAUCAAGUCUCAUUUCAAGGAAAUAGGCGUCCAUUCUGAUGUGAAAUACAUCGAUCCUACCUACAUGGUCCGUGCUGUGCGCGCCAAUGCGUCCGAUGCAAUCCUAUGCACGGUGCUUGGUCAGAAUGCUGUUCAUGGUGCAUUUGCAGGGUUCAGUGGAAUCACAACCGGUGUAUGCAACACGCACAAUGUAUACCUGCCGAUCCCAGAAGUCAUCAAGUCCACAAGAGUCGUCGAUCCAAAUAGCAGGAUGUGGCACCGCUGCUUGACAUCGACGGGGCAACCAGACUUCCACUGAUCAGUAACAUGAGUUCCUGAAUCCUGACAGUGCAAGUUCAUAACAUCUGAAGCUCAAAGUUAUAGGUGAUUUGCAUUUUGUAUAGUAAGGGGAGUACCUGUUCUGGUAUUUCAUUCAUUCGAUGUUUUUUCAUCUUUCAUCAGAAAGAAACAUCGUCUACCAUUGAUCCUUGAGGUGCAAGAUGGUUACAAUAAGCACCUCAUCAAAGGAUAACUUAUUUUUGUAGAUUAGCAGUUCAUGCUUUAUGUAGAAACCACAGGGAAGUAGUGAAAGAUCUCAAACUGCAAGGGAGAUGACUAGCUCCCAGUACUAUAAGAUUUGUAUACAUGCUCACAGCUGAAAUAAUGGAGAACAUUGCCUUGUAUUCUCA